CGUCGACUGGCUCAACACCACGGCCUCCAUUUUGUAGCAGUUUUGCAAGCCAGCUGCUUCCACUCGUAGCUGGUGCAGCAUCAGUAGAAUACAUUGCGUUAAAGGUUUAUUCCAAGCUGAGGAGAAAUUUUAAGGACAAGACGAUGGCUGACCCAUCCGCCGAUGUGAAGAUUCUGGAGGGUACAGAGGUCCGCAAACUGUCGGAGCUGAGAGUGAUCGAUCUGAAGGCCGAACUGAAGAAACGAAACCUGGACACCACGGGCGUCAAGAGCGUGCUGUCACAGCGUCUGAAAGAGGCAAUCGAGGAAGAGGGUGGGAAUCCUGACGAGAUUAUUGUCGCUCCGGAGGCAACCCCAAAGAAGCCUAACGUAACACCUAAACGGCCUUCCAAAGAUGCAAGGCAAGAGAUUGAUGAACCAGAAGACAACACAAUCGAGGAGGAUUUCCAGGAGGGCCAUGAGGAGCUUCAGGAUUAUAAUGAGAACAUGCAGGACAUGGACAUCCUUGACAUGAACGUUCUGGAUGAGACCGAGAAUGACAAUGGUAUACCAGCUGAGGAUGAGGAGGAUGAAGCCGCAGAUUUUCACUCUGACGAAGACGCACUGUUGAAUGAAGAGCAUAACAACAGGACUCUUGAGUCAGAUGAUGAAGCAAGAAGUCCAAAGAUGGAUGAGUCCAGGAUAUUGGAUACGGAUGAACACGUGACUUGCUCAUCAAUCAGUAUGGUUCAGGAUCCAGAUGCAGAUGACGCAAACGAAGAAACAGAAAAUGACAAAGUAGCCGGGUCUUGUUUAUCUGAGCCACUUAACGAAGAUCGCCACGAGACGAGCCCUGAAGAAGAGCAAGCUGCCACCGCCGGAGGGGAAGAUAUUGUGUCCAACACCGGUGCCAAGUCCGACAAGGCCGCCUCUGGAGAUGUGGAGAGCGAUCGGGAAGUUGUGCAGGGCGACCAGGAUGUUGUGGAGACUGACGCCAAAGAGGUUGGGGACGCACAGAAUACCCCAGAAGAGACAUUUGAUGCUGAAAACAAAAGCUUGCAGGCUGUUAGUGUAAGCGAACAGGGUGCUGUGGGUGAAACUGUUGAUUCAGAAAUGGGGUCUAAGAAGGGUGAGGAGGAUGAGAAGACAGAAGAGAAAGCUGCUGCGGAUUCAGCCUCCACAGUGAAAGAGUCCUCUUCUGUAGAGGGCGAUGAUCAGAAAAAGAGCGCUGAGGAGAAAGAUGACAAGACUGAGUCAAAAGAUGAAAAGGCCACUGGAAGUGCUGCAGCAGGCAGUAGCAGGAAUCUGUGGGUCAGCGGUCUGUCUUCCACUACUAGAGCGACUGAUCUGAAGACUCUCUUCAGCAAAUAUGGCAAGGUUGUUGGAGCGAAGGUGGUGACCAACGCCAAGAGCCCCGGCGCUCGCUGCUAUGGUUUUGUCACUAUGUCAUCCACAGAGGAGGCCACCAAGUGUAUCAGCGACCUUCACAGGACCGAGCUGCAUGGCAGGAUGAUCUCUGUGGAGCGGGCUAAAAAUGAGCCCGCUGGGAAGAAGCCAGCGGACAAGAAUGACCCCAAGAAGUCUGCCAGUGACAGAAGACAAUCCACCGACUCCAAAUCUGAUGAGAAGGCUGAGGGAGAAGGAAAAGAUGGCAAAGCGCGAAAUGAGAGGACUGUAGUUAUGGACAAGUCCAAAGGAGAGCCUGUCAUCAGUGUCAAAACCAAAAGCAAGGAAAGAGACACAAAGAGUCGGGACCGCAAGUCAUCCAGUAAGGAGGCGAAAGACAUCCUGUCGUUUGACCAGAUCAAGGAGCAGAGGGAGAGGGAGAGACAGAGACAACGAGAGCGGGAGGUCAGAGAGGUGGAAAGACGCAGAUGCAAUAGCCGGGACAGAGACAACCGUCCCGAACGUGGUGAGCGCGAGCGAAUCCGUCUGUUCCGAGAAAAAGAGGAGAGGAAACACUUGAUCCGGAAGAGAAACUGGCUGGAGGCUGAGAAGCAGCGCCUCGACGCAGACCGCAUGGAGCGCCAGUUCUUGGAGCGGGAAAGGCUUCGUAUAGAGUACGAGAGGCGGCGCGAGCAGGAAAGGAUCCUCAGGGAGCGGGAUGAGCUGCGACGACAGCAGGAGCAGCUGCGUUACGAACAGGACCGUCGCUCUGUUAAGAGGCCUUAUGACGUGGAUGGCAGGAAAGAUGACUGGCCUGAAAAGCGCAUGGCCCUUGAUGAUCGUUAUAGCCGUUCAGACUUUGGCCGUCAGGACCGUUAUCAGGACUUUGACCACAGAGACCGGGGCCGUUACCAAGACGACAUGAUGAUGGACAGGCGGGACAGCACUCGUAACGUUGCUGCAGACAGAGAUGGUCCGCACUUCUCAGACCGAUCCGACAGACAUGGCAGAGAGGGCCGCGACUGGAGUGGAAGCUAUGACAAACGCAUUAACCCCAGGGAAGGAGGUCGAGACUGGGACUCUAGCCGGAAGCUAGAUGGAGACAGAACAUGGCAAAGUAGAGACGGUGCCAUCCCAGGCCAGAGCCACAUGGCGCGUGGAGGAAUGGCAAGCCGUGGAAGCUACAUGAAUGCAGGAACGUCUCAGUCACUGUCCGGAGCUCUCAACAGACAGAACCAGCUGAUGCAGGGCAGCGGGUUGCAGGGUGGAGCUUUUGGCCGACGCUACUGAUGUCUGUCUGAAGACAAUAGUAGAACUGUGUCAUAUCAGGAAGGAUGUGACCGUCUUGUUUUGUAAAUAAUAAUAAUAAAAAAAUAGGAAUUCUUUUUUGACGACUCCAAUCCAAUUUUGAUGGAGAUGUUUAUUUUUCUGGUCGCUUCUCUUGUUUGUUUUUGUGUGUGAUGUAGUGAUCUCCUGCCUUGCAUUUAUCGUUCAGACCAACCUACCUUGUUUAUAUAACACUGCUUGCCAAGAUGUGUUGUAAAUGCAUGUUGGUCUGUGGUGGAGAAUCACAUCAGAGUUCUGUGUGUAAAUUCAGAUGUUUUAAAGACAUCUGGGUUGAUGGACCUAACAUCAGUCUCUGUAUCCAGUGUGUCUGAAACAGUUUUUAAAGUAAAUGUCCCAUUCUGAUUAUCCAUGCUUGUUAGACUUUUUUUUAAUAUUUCAACCGGUGCUUUUUUGUUUAUAGUUUUUGACUUGUGUGAUUGUUGAUAGUGGUAAUAAAUGCCCCAGGAGUGUGUAUGUGUUCACAGUCUAUUGAUUAUAAAAAUCUAAAUCUAAAAGUUAAUGUAUGAUGUUUCAGCCUACAUUAUCUGUAACUCAAAUGUCUUUUUUCGUUCAUAAAAGUGUUGUAUUUAAUUUU